AAUCGCACAGUAGUAGUAGUAGUAGUACUUCAAAUUAUUUUCUAUUGAGCCAUUGUGGCCUAAAAAUUAAACUCAUAAUCAGCAGAACAAAUUAUCAAUUUUUGUUCAUCAAAGGCAAAGUUUUGCUCCGAUGCAAUUUUUUUUAAAGGAAUAAUAAUUAUAGAGCAAUUAAAAAUUAAGAAAAAUAAAAUAUUUACUGCAAAGCGACCUCUGUGCAGUUAUUCGAUACUGAUGUUCUCAGUUCACAAUGCUAACAGCACAUUUGCGCCAUUUUACUUCCUGCGAUUAUUGAAUAAAGUUACCGUUGCCAUUUACUUCUACUUCGACUCAAUGUACCAAACCGUGCCAUUUUGCAGUUUGCACUAUGUCGGAUUCCAGUGUCAAAUCUUCAGCUCAAAAAUCAAAUAAUUCAGGUGGAAACGAAACAAAUCCAGCUUUCGCGGAUGCUGUACAGAGAGCACGCCAGCUUGCAGCAAAAAUACAGUCCUCUGGUAGUGAAAAUAGUGUAGCAGGUGGUACAAAAAGGCCGUUGGAAGAUAGUAUGAAUGGUGUUGCUGACGGCACACCAGAAAUAAAGAAAAUGGCCACAAAUGAUGGUGAGUACGAUGCUUACAGUCAAAUUCAAGGUAUGCCUCAAAGAAAUGGAGGCGGUGAUUUUAUUGUUGAAGAAUAUAGAGUUCCAGAUAAAAUGGUUGGACUAAUUAUUGGACGUGGUGGUGAACAGAUUAUUAGGUUACAGACUGAGACUGGCUGUAAAAUACAACUUGCUCCAGAUAGUGGUGGAGCUCCUGAUAGGCCUUGUACCCUCACUGGAAGUCGAGAGUCUGUGCAAGCUGUGAAAGCAAUGAUUGAUCAAAUCAUCAAAAAAGCAAAUAGUCCCUACCCUCCAGAUUCUAAUUCUGGUGGUGGUGGUGGCGGCGGCGGUGGAGGUGGUCAUAUGUCCGAUGGUCAAUAUACAGCUGAAAUGAUGAUACCAGGUCCUAAGGUUGGUCUACUAAUAGGUAAAGGAGGUGAAAACAUAAGGAAUUUACAAGAAAAAGGUGGUGUCAAAAUGGUACUUAUUCAAGAUGGACCUCAGCAAACAGUUCACGACAAGCCUUUAAGGAUAUCUGGUGAUCCCCAGAAAGUUGAAUUUGCCAAACAAAUGGUUAUUGAUCUAUUAGCUCAAAAAGAAAUGGAGCGAAAUUAUGCUAAUGGUGGUCCUUCUAGUCAAGAAGAGAUCAUGGUGCCUCGUCAAGCAGUAGGAGUUGUUAUAGGAAAAAAUGGAGACAUGAUCAAGCGGAUACAACAAGAUUCUGGAGCUCGUGUCCAAUUUAUUCAAGGAAAAGAAGAUAUACCCGGGGAUAAAAUCUGCCAAGUAACUGGUACCAUGGAUCAAGUUCAAAAGGCUGGAGCUAUGAUUAGAGAUCUCAUCCAGAGUGUAUUGGUUCGUGAUCAACAGAUGGGAGGUAAUUCUGGUGGAGGAAUGGGCAUGCCUGGAGGUGGCGGACGAGGACGUGGCAGAGGUCGAGGAGGUAUGGGUGGUCCUGGCGGCAUGCGGCCUGACUUUGGACCUGGUGGACCUAGAAUGGGUCGUCCUGGUGGUGGCGGCGGAGGAGGUGGAGAGGGUGGUAUGGAAAUCCAGUUUCCUGUUCCAGCAAACAAGUGUGGCCUUGUCAUUGGAAAAGGUGGCGAAACAGUUAAAAGUAUUAAUCAACAGUCUGGAGCUCAUGUUGAAAUAGCAAGAGGAGCUCCACCCAGUCCUCAUGAGAAGGUAUUCACCAUACGAGGGAAUCCUCAGCAAAUUGAACAUGCUAAGCAAUUAAUAAUGGAAAGAGUUGGCGGAAUGCCUCCUGGUCAAGGUGGUCCUCCCCCUGGCCAAGGUGGACCUCCUGGUGGUCCUCAAGGACAAUAUCCUGGAGCUCAGUAUCAACAGCAGUAUCAACAACCUGGUCCUGGUCAACAAUAUGCUGCUCCAGGAUGGCCCAGUGGAGGCUAUCAAGCAUGGCCUAAUCAACAAGCCUCAAGUGGUGUACAAGUGGCAGCAUCUAAUGAUCCAAAUAAAGUUGCUGCUGAUGCUAAUGCUGCUGCAUGGGCUGCUUAUUAUGCACAGUUCUACAGCCAGCCAGGACAACCUCAGGCACAACCACAGCCUAAUGCUAUUGCUCAAGCUCAACCUCAGGCACAACCUGCCUCUCAACCUCAAGCUAGCUCUGGUCAAGCAGAUUACAGUGCUGCCUGGGUUGAAUAUUAUCGUUCUCUUGGAAUGUACAGGGAGGCUGAAUUGAUUGAGCAACAGUCUAGGGGUGGUCAAGCUCCGUCUGUUCCUGCUGGACCACAAGGUCAACCUGGUGCACCAACACCACAACCUAGUAUGUCACAGCCACCUAAUCAACCAGCAAUGCCUACCCCAGCUGGUACACCUGCAGCACAACCUGCAUCUGCACCUGUUGCAGCAGCAGGCUAUCCUGGAGCCUAUCCAGCACCUGGUCAGCAACCUCAGCCAGCUCAGGUACCUUAUGGUCAACCUGCCCCCUACCCUGGAUACAGCUAUGCUGCAGCAUAUGGAGCACAACAGCCUUUCCAAGCUGCUGUUCCUCAAUAGAUCUUCCAUAAAUAAUGAGCUUUUAACAUGUUAUUUUGCAGUUAGAUCGUCACGUCAUUUUGCAUCUUAGUGAAACUAAAAUUGGAAAUGCCUUCCACGUAAUUAGACUUUACAUGUUCCGAUCAAGAAAGUGUGCAAGAUUGUACAGGUUUCACUAAACAAAAACACCCUAAAAGAUACUUUUGUGUAUAGAUUGCAUUUUUUUCUCCCUUCAUUGAUCUUUAAUUCUCAUUUGUAAUAUUUUUUGACGAAUAUUCUUUCUGGAAGUGACGGAACUCUUAAUUGUGUCUGCCUUAAGAAAGGAAGUUGUUUGUAAAUCUUUGGUUAUAAUUUUUUUUGAAAUUUUUCAAUUGAAUCAUCAUUGUGGGGGGUUUCACCUUUCGGGAAUUUUCAAUCUCAAGUGUUCACUUUUCAGUGUUAUAAAGCUAUUCUUAGCUUGUUGUAAAAUACUUUUAUGUGAAUUUUAGAAGAUGCUGAUUGUCAUAAAUAAAUUUUGUUUUCUUUCUA